AGUAAUAAAGUAAUUGACAUUCUCUUUUACAAAUCAUUUUCAAUAGAAUAAUGAAUAUAUUUCAAAUGCUAUCGUUCCUGGAAGUCAAUUUCUGAUUGGUUAAUUUUAACGAUACGCGAAAGGGUUACUGGGUAUUGUGUUAAAAUUAUUUUAGCCGCAAUUACUUUUCAUGUAGAAACUUUACAGGCAUGAUGUUAAAAGAAUGGCUUAUUUAUUAAAGAUAUACACCAUUACUGCAGUGUUGCUGAGUAUUGAGUUGGAUGAUACUUUAUGUUAUUCAAGAAAGAUAAAUGUCAAGCGAAAUAAUAAUCAUAGAACUCAUGUUUAUUCAAAUCUACAAAGUAGUAAAAGGGAACACCCAUUUGGAAAUUAUACUUUUAAAAGAAGAAACAGUACUAUAACCAGCUUCAGUAGAAACUUUCCAAAGAAUAUUAUCUUUUCACCAGAGUACUAUUACAGUGGUAAGAAAAGGAAAACUCUAACUGUAAAUGGAACUAAACGAGAUAUUCUUUUGCUACCUCAAGUGGAUACAGGAAUUUUAACUGGACAACCUACCCAAGUAUUGCAAAACCAGCUAUAUCAGAAUUCUUACAGAUUUGCACCCCAAUCAGCAUUAAACUUGAUUGGUUCACGUAGACAGAGUGAAUAUGUUGACGAAGGAUAUGCUUCAAAAAGUCAAGAUGAGAGCUACGCACUUCCAGCAGAUGACAGAUUGUAUGGUGAGGACAGAUCAGAUGCAGAUUCUUCAUAUAUUCUACCACAAAGCUCUGCUCAAAUAGCAAAUGCACCUGAAAGCACAAGAGCAAUAUUUGAGGAUUCGAUACCUACAAAUUUAUUAAAAAUGGAAGGUCUGCAGCAGACUGAAGAAAACUUAGUUGGAAAACUUGUUUCAAGCAGUCCUCAAGGAACUUCAAAGUCAACAACAGAAAGUGCAGUUGCUCAACCACAUUAUAACGAAGGAUAUAGGAAUGUUGUUGAUAGCAUCUUGUUGGAUAAAUUGCUGAACCCCCACGCACAAAGAAACAAUGUGACAUGUGAUCCUGUAGCAAGAUCAGCUGCAGCAAACUGUAGCAAUUCAACUGACCCUCUUUGUUACGAUAGCGAUUUACACUCCUUCCGAAAACAUGGCUUAGUUCAACACCAAACGUUUCGAAAUGUGCAUUCAACACCACCAAUUGAAUUAAACGAUGUUUUAAAUCAAGAAGCUCAAAUGUAUGCAGAAAAGUUGUCAAAUAUGAAGUUAGCAUAUUCCGACCCAAAAGAAAGGCCUGGUCAAGGAGAGAAUAUUGCUGUUCGCUGCUCAGAUGAUAAAACUUUACUAACAGCCAAGGAAGCUGUUUCGUAUUGGUAUAACAAAGUAUGUAAGAACGAUUUCCAUUUCGAUGGGUAUUCUCCAGAACUAAGUCAGUUUGCACAAGUUGUAUGGAAAGGCUCGAACUAUCUUGGCAUGGGAAGAGCAACAAAGAAAAAUGGUGACUUGAUGUGUACUUACAUUGUGGCUAGAUAUUCACCGCAAGCAUCGAAAGAUGGAUUUGUUGAGAAUGUACCUAAAGGAGAUUUUAAUGAGAUCGGGUUUUGCUCUAAAAAGUGUCUUACAGGAGUUCCUGAUGAAGAUAAUGCGAAAAUUUCAGUUGAAAAUAAAUCAAGCGAUUCGACUGUGAAAGAUUUAUCUCACAAAGAUGGAAGUUCGUCUUAUAAUAAAGCGCACAAAAGCCUAAAAGAUUUAAAUCAAUAUGACGAUUUGCAGCCUUCACAAUCAAGCACCUUCGACAACAUGCCAGGUAAUUUACAAAGAGUUGAUGAGAUAGACAAUGAUUCUCCUUCUCCACCAAACUCUAAGGCUGUUAGCGUCCCAAUGAUUAUAAAGUCAGUUGGUAAUGUCAUCGUUCCUGGAACAAGUAAUAUGUCUAGGACUCACAAAACACCAGUAAAUGCCAGUUCCAGACAAAUGAAAAAAGGUAAUGGCAACCGUAAUCCUGCUCUUGUGUCGUUUCAUGCGGAUCAUGGCACGCAUGUUUUUGAAAACUUGAGGCAGGGCGACACCCAUGAAAAUUAUAUCCACCCUACUAUAGAUGCAUUACAUGUUGAACAUAAACAUUUGCAGGAAAGAGAGAAAGGCUUAACAGAAGAAAUAAAACAAGAAAAAUCGUUGGAGGAAAAAAUAAAAUCUAAUGAACAAUCAAACAUAGAAACGGGCAAAAAAUUUAUAUCCAAACUUGCAAACACUGAGAAUGUUCAUAGUGCAAAGUUUUCAAGUAAGAACAAUAAUGGAAAGUUUAAUGUGGAUGAAACAAACAAACAACCUGAAACAGGUAGUACUCACGAUAAAGGAAAGCAAGUUAAUAGCUUUGCAGGGAAUCGAGAUAACACCGAAUCUGUAACCUCUACUGAUAAUAAAACUAAUACAAAGGAAGCUGAUGUGAUAAAAAACAAUACGAAUGAUGACGCAAGUAAUGCAACAACACAAAAUGAUAAUAAUCUAUUUAAACAAGAUCCAAAUUCAAAUGGAAUAACCGUUUAUGUUAAGGAGAAUGAGUAUUCAGUAAACGACAAGAGUGAACAGACCGACACAAACAACAGUUCAAGGAUUUUACCAAACUCUUCAAAUUCUUUGCAUAGACAGCAGACAAGCCGUAACAAUCCAGAUAUUAUGGUAUUCAUCAACAAGUCUUCUAAUGAAGUUCAAGACAUACAGCAGAAGAUGAACGAAAUGAUAAGCAAAGAAAAAACAGUUUCUGACAGUCAGCCAGAAAAGGAGUCGUCACAAGAAGCACCUGUUGAGCUGAGAAUAAAUAAUACAACGAAGCAAUCUUCGGAUGGAGAAGAUGUUCACAACGAAAAAGAAACUACCAAAUCAAGCGAUUCCACCACAAGACACAUGUUACAGAACUUCUUUCAAGACGUUCAAGUAACUCCUGAUGUUAAUGACGCUCGCUACAUUCAGUUGCUGCCUUCCAGAGAGCUCAGUGAAUUUCGCAACGAAAUUUGGAAAAAACAUAAUGCGUAUCGAAUGUUACAUGGAUCAGCACCGUUAUUGCUGGACAAUGACUUAAGUCGUGAUGCACAGUUAUAUGCAGCCUAUGCUGCAAAACAUGGAACGGUAGCUCAUUCCAACACCGACACAAGACCUGAUACUGGAGAAAGUGUUGCGGAGAUGUGUACGAAAGAGGGAGUUCUUCCUUCAGCGGAACAUGUCGUCAACAAAUGGUAUUCUGAAGUGUGCAAUCCAGGUUACGAUUUUACAAAGGAUAUCAAGCAGCCAGGCACCGGUCACUUCACGCAAAUCAUUUGGAGAGAUACACAAAGGCUCGGAGUUGGGUUAGCUGUAGCUGAUACUCCGAGUGGAGACUCCUGCUCAUAUGUCGUAACAAGGUACAAAAAUGCUGGCAAUUACUUGGGUAAAUUUCAAGAAAAUGUCUUACCAGGGUUUUUCGACAAGUCCAGAUGCUCAGAUGAUCCCAAUUUUGAUAAGGACAUCGAUCCAGUUCUUGGAAAUUUAAAUGCGAAUUUUCUGCCAGCACAAAAUACUUUUGAAAGUGCAAUGAAGCGCGGAGCAGGUCACCAGAUUAAAAAUGCGAAAAGACUCAGCAGCAAAAAAGGUUCUGAACCCAAAUAUAUGUUCAAAAAACUUAAACAUGUAAAACCUGAAAUUUUAGAGGAGAUAUUGCACCAUUACACACAAUCUUAUGCUAAAAAUUUCACCAACAAAGUUCCACAACUCUCACAACAGCAAAAGCCUGGCCUGUCGAAUGUACUGGGGCAUGACUGGAAAGAGUUGAAAAGUCCUUAUAUGCAACCUCAUAUUGAAUCAAGAGUAGAAGAAGAUCCACAGUCAAAAAGUAUUAUUUUAAAAAGCAAUCACAUCGAUAGAGUGUAUGAAAGGCAAAUUCCUAAAUAUGCAAAAGUCAAGAAAAAGAAAGACUCAUUAAUUCAUUGGGAGAAAAAGAAUAACAUUUUUAUUUCUAGAAAAAAAUUAAAUCAUGUCAAGACCAAAAGGGAUGUUACUUCUGUGAACAAGAUCGACAUUGAAACUGUGAUGUCUAACUUAGAAAAUGUGAAAAAACGCUCUACUAUAAAAAAAGUAAAAAGGCAUGCUAAGGCGAGAAAAAAGGUCAUUACCGACGAUGAUAAUGUUAUUGACAUUGCCAUGAGGAAUAAUUUACAUCCACCAGUCCAGGAAAACAUUUCUGAUGUAAUUAAGAAUAUAUCAUUUAUGCAUUCAAAUACUAGUCAUAGUUCAAAAAGAAAUAAUAGUAUAACUUCAAGUAAGGCUAACAUGUUCAACUCAACAAAACCGGAGAAGAUUAAAGAGUUACCAAGGUCUGCGAAAAUUUCUAAUAACACUGCCAAGUCUCUGAAUCACAUGCGUUUUAAAAGUGGAAAUAAAUCUGCGAGUAGAGAUGCCAGUUUGAAAACAUCACACAAGAGUGAAAAGGAAAGUCAGAAAACCAAAAACCAAACCGAUUUCCUAAAGAAGGCUGAAAGUACAACAUUGAGUAGAGAGGAAAUGGAAAAAGGUAUUAAUAAAAUUAUAAACGAAACAGUUAUAUCAAAGCACAGUCAAACCCGCCGUGUAAUGAAGAAGGUGACAACGAAACCGAAAAACAAAGGCAAAACUAGUACCAGUUCAUUACACGUGUCAAGAAAAAAUGUAACAAAAACAAAGUCAGGAAAGCAUACGGUUACAAAGAUGAAUGUGAAGCAGAAGCUGAUCAGUAAUAAAGUAAAAGUAACAAAGCAGCUACAAAAACAUGAUGUGAAACCCGUGAAGACAACACGCAAAACUUCACUUCACCUAAAGGUAACAGGGAAAAAUUCGACUUUAAACCCUUUACAAGGCAACAAAACGACUACUGGAAAGACGAACACAACUGAAGAUGACGAUCUGGAAAAGUAUUUGAAAUCUAUAGUUGUCAAACUGCACAAUUUCGAUAAGAAAACAAAUGCGAAAAAUAAGCAAAAAUUUGACAGCGAAAUAAAAACGUUUGCCAUUUUAAAUGAGCAGGCCAUUCAGUUUAAAACAAUGCAUGGCGUAUUAAACAAGCAGUCAACGAUACCUGAGUCACCUUUAAGCAAAUUAGAAAAACUAACGUCUGAUUUUGCCAAAAAGAGAACUUUUGAAAACGCAAUAACUGAACCACUGGAUUCUAGCAUUGACGAUUAUGUUAAAAGUUUUACAAAAGCGACUUCGGAUAAGCCAAUCUCUGGAAAGCUGCGAAGACGUUUAGUGAAAAUCAAUAAUGUUUUAAAAGAAAACACAGAUGAUCCAACUCCACAAGAACUCGACUCACUAGCUAAAUUUUACGAUCGCGAUUUCAUACAUGCCAACGAAGUGGCAUCGACGCUGUCACCACUACCUGAGCACGUGAAAGGGACCCGAUCUAACUUCGAGAAUCAGGCAAUAAAAAAUGUUGAUACCACCGAACACGAUAGUGCGAACGAAGCAAUAGUCAGUGAGGAUGAUGAAGAUGAUGACGGAGAACCUGAGGAAGACGUUUCUGAGAUGGAGGAAGACAAUUUAGUGCCAGACAAAGAGAAUAAAUUCCAAAGUAAAGAGGACAUAGAAAAUGCAUCGCAGCAGUUGGAAUCUCUUAGCUCUAUCGAGAAAACACACACGGUAAAACCUGUAGAUGAAACUAGCGCAUUAAUGUUACCGGUGAAACCACAAACUCAUUUAAUCAACGACAUUGAAUUACAAGAUAAUCCUACGAAAUUACCAUCGGAAAACAAACUCGGCAUAAAAAUUAGUCCGGAGGAAAUAAGAGCCAUCAAUCACGAAGCCAAAGUCUUUGGAGAUCACAUCACUAAUACGUUAUUUUAUCACGACGAAAAAAACCAUCCGACUUAUUUUAAACCAAUCAAAAGUAUUGAGAAAAUUCCAGACCAUGCAGAAGGAGUAGAAAAAGAAACGCUACAGCACGCUGUAGAAACGUCUGAUGUCAACAAAGCAUCGGAUCAAUGGCUAGACGAAGCUGAAAAACUUCAGCACACAACUGGAAAAAGCAACACUAAAGUUGUUGAACAUAUUGGAAGUAACGAUGGACUGUUGUUGCAAUACGAUGACACAAGCAGUGGCAUUGAACCGGAAGAGCUAAAGCACAUUACACUGAAUCAUGCUCGUGUUAAUAAGAGACCAGGUCAACUCGAAAAGAUUGGCUACCUAAUAAAAGAAGCCGAAAAAGCUGUGUCUAACGAGCUAAAAGACGAGCACGAUGGCGAGAAUAAUAAAGAGACAUCGGAAAGCAAAAUUAAAGAAGGUCAAGGGAUGCACGUUAAAGUUGACCAUGGUAAAAUAACUAAAGAGUCGGGCAGUAAUAAAUUUGUUAACACCACACUUAAGGAGAAGCCUUUACAUUCAACUGAAGGUUAUCGGUUGCACACUGCUUUUGAGAAAGCAAAAAAUACACCGGUUAGUGAUACAACAGUCGGAUUUAAACAAAAAGAAAACGAUAAGGAAACCCAGGAAGAUCAUUUAAAAGAAAACAGUCACCUAAAUGAUGACAGUAAUAAUGAUAACAAUACAGUUGCCGUGACGGUUAAAUAUGUUGACACAGCCGACAAGCCUCACAGUCAUAACAAGGACGAAAAUAAUAAAAACUCAGACGGAAUAAAAGAACUUGUUAAAAUUGAAAAAAAGCUUGAAAAAGAAAAAGAAUCUUCACAUAAUGAUAAAGAAGACAAAGGUCAAAACGAUAAUGAGGACGAUAUGAAGCCGUUAAAAGUUAAAAAACCAAAAAAGAAACCGGUGGAUACGUUUUCGCCACAUAAGGAUAAAGAAACGUCUGCAGAUACAGCCCUUUUAAAUAAGGAUAAAGAAACCCCUGCCGAUACAGCCCUUUUGAAUAAACCACUUGGGUCACAACCUGUUACACAAGGUCAAUCUGAUAUUUUGACUGAUGACCAAUAUCCAAAUGCUGACGAAAAUAAUUUGGGAGAAAGGCCCGAAGAUCCAUCGCCAGUGCAGCAGUCUGCUUUGAUGGCUCAUAACAAGCUUCGAAGAAUUCAUCACGCACCAGCCUUGGAAUUAAGCAAGGAGCUAUCAAAGCAAGCGCAAAAAUAUGCUAAUGAUUUAGUUCGUAAGCAUGAUGGAGUUUUAGUUGAUUCACCGUUUGAAACAAGACUGGAUCAAGGUGAAAAUCUAGCCAUAAAUUGUGAUCCACAGAAUGCGGAGAUGACUGGAGAAGAAGCCAGUUACAAAUGGUAUUCCGAGAUUUGCGAACAUGGUUAUAAUUUCGACACGCCAUCAACGUCUACACAAGGCACUGAACACUUUUCCCAACUUAUUUGGAAAGCUAGUCGAUAUAUCGGUAUCGGGAAAAGUUUAACAAAGCGUAAUGGCAUGACAUGUACGAUCAUCGUAGCGAGGUAUCAACCGAAAGGUAAUAUACCAGAGCAGUUUUUGAAAAACAUUGACGAGGGUGAUUUCGAUGCUAGUGUUUGUGAUGCAAUGACUACAAAAGCUAUCAAAUCUCCUCCCGUAGCUGAUCCUGAAAAUAAUGAACUUCCUCAUCCUUCUCCCUCGCCACUUUCUGAAGAUCCUGUGGUUUCACCACAAAAACAAAUACACAAAGAGCAGUCUGGUGUUCCUAAACUAAAUACAAACGCUAAUUUAAAUGAUCAAGAAGAGAAACUUCAACAGCAAAGUUUAAAUAUUCAACAUCUGUCCCACGAUGACACGGCGCCAAACUCUCCAUUCAAUCAUAAAGAUGAACACAAAGAUGCCGAGCAGGAGAUAGGUGAACAUGAGUCAGUUUCAUCGUUUUAUCGACCCCACAAGACCACACACCUGAUUAAAAAUGCAUUUGAAGUAUUAGAUCAACAUGAAUUAUCAGAUACCGGUAAGAGUAUGCAUGGUAGAUUGUCAUCUCACGGAGAAAAACCUGAAAACAAGGAGAAAGAACAAUCACACCAUAGUUAUGAAGCCAAGAAACCAUUGCAUUAUUUACAAAAGACUUCAGAAUCUGAACAGAAACAGAGUGAUGAUACACAAGUUGUACAUGUAUCUCUUAACGCCUCUCCAAUUCAUGUCAAACUUGGGAAUAGCAGCUUUGGUUUUGACAGCGACGUUUCAGAACACUCUUCGGUGGUUCAUUUUACAGAUGGAGGUAUUAAAUCUGAUCAUAACAGGCAAAGCGACAAGCCAGAAAAAACUACUGGGCAGCUGCUGAAAAGUGUCGAACAAGAGAAUCUUAGCAAAGAUGACAGUGACAACAACAUGAAGGGAAUAGAAGGUUUUGUUAGUCAAGAUAAAGAAAACUUAAUUGGGUUAAAUUCAUUGCAAAAGAAUCACCGACCAUUGCAAAAUAACAUUCGUAUCGUUGCUCCCGCAGUUUUGCAAAAAACACACGAGGAAAUUGAAGAUACGACCAGCAUUGUUCCUUCACUUGACCAUAUGAAUGUUAAAGGUGAGAAACAAGUGAGGUUUGGUAAACAACACGAGCGACAAGAAGGCGUUCAGCAAGCGUUAGCGGAUAUACUCAGACAAAACCCUGGCUUGUUGCAAAAUCUUAAGAAUGUUGCUUCGAAUGACAAAAACAAAAACCAACAUCAUGCCCAUAAAGUAGCCAACUUAGCGCAUAAUAAUGACGAUGACACUGUCGUAUUUAACCCAAAACAAGAAGACAGUGAGAAGUUGGUUGAUCCUGUUCCUCACAAUUUUGGUGGAAAUUAUCAACACCAUAACCCUUCUACCCUUUCCAACAAGCAAGAUCAAGAGGAUGUCUCAAAAAUGCAGCCAAAGGUAGUGGCUACUGGCGAUGAGCACGAGUCUGACAUGACAGGACAUGCUAAUACUGAUAAACAAGAAAGCGAUCAUCAUAAGCGCCCUGGAGAUACAAAUUAUGUACCAAAAGCUCCAAUAAAGUUGCAAAACUAUGAUUCAACUGAAGAUAUUCCUGAAAAGAAACCAGAUACUUCUUUGCAUCCUGUUCCAGACAACAGUGAGCAAAAGCCAUUACAUCCGCUAAAUGCAUCGCCAUUUCAGCCGCCUGAGGAUCUGCAGCAAGAAGUACCUCUACCAUUGAAAACUGGAAAACCUCAAGUUGGUGUUAUAAGGCCUGUUUCUGAAGCAGAAACUGUGCUACAAGAAUCACCAGUGUCAUUAAAGCCAACCAAACCACAAAUGAGCGUGAUGAAGCCCAUAUCUGGAUUGCAUCCAACAGAAGAACCAGUUGCUCAUCCUAAGCCAAUCAGUUCAUCUGUCAGUGACCAAGACGAAGCACCAAGCGAACUGUCUACUGAAUCCGCCGACACUAUGGGUACCUUUCCUUCUUUUGGAUUUGCAAGUUUUGGAAGUCCAGUAGUAUUGCAUUUAGGAGAUACUGGCUAUAGCGAAGACCCCGGUGCAUUUCUGCGAAUUGGUCUGACUGUUCACAAUAGAUUGCGAAAAAUUCAUGGCUCACCUCCAGUAAAAAUUGAUCCAAUGCUUACAAUGCAAGCAUUAAAACACGCCACAGAAUUGACGCAUCUUGGUUAUUUAAAACACCAAAGCACAGACUUGCUUAUGGGGAUGGGUGAAAAUCUUUUGAUGGGAUGUUAUGAUGGAGAAUAUGAUAUUUCGGCAGAAGAGGCUGUCUUAAGAUGGUAUGCAGAAGUGUGCCAUCCUGGAUACUGCUUCAAUCAAAGCACCACAUGUUCUGGCACAGGUCACUUUUCACAGGUGGUAUGGGCAAAUAGUACACGGCUCGGUAUGGCGAAAGCGACUCGAAUGCAAAACGGGUUGCGUUGCACCUAUGUUGUUGCCAGAUAUUUUCCUGGUGGUAAUGAAAACGUUGGUUACAGCCAGAAUGUAAGAACUGGAGGGUUCGAAGAGAAGAAAGUAUGCGCUAAUGUCUUUAAAAACUUGUUGACAUUUUCAAGGAGAAACGAAGAGAAAGCUAAGAUGGUGGAAAAGGAGAAACAUGAAUCAAGAAUGGAAUUUCUCAAAAAUUUACGACAAGCUGAGCAGCAAACGCUGAAUCAAAUUGACAUGGAGAACGGAAAAAACCCACCACUGCCUCCCUUCUCUUCAACGAAUGAGCAAGCUUCACCAUAUGGUGGUGAGAACAAAAAACUAAGUGGUGAUGACGAACCUGAAAUGUCAACGGAUAAUAAAAAUGGAGUUGUGGAGAUGAGUCUUCUUGAUAAUAAUGAACAUACAACAUCGUCAAAUAUUGAAACGUACGAUAAGGCUGAUGGUGGACAUAAAUGGAUGCGUAAGCCAGGUACUGAAGCCAUUUCGCAGCAGGCAGUGUCGUUAGAUAACAGCAGACCUACUCAACUGUCUUCUAGUGCUACUAAUGUGGACGUAGAUCAUGACAAUCCAGUAGCACUGAAUAGCAAAGAAGAUUCCAGUGAACAGUCCACACAUCAAACCAAUGAAGUAUCAGAUCUCAACAAGAUUCAAAUUGCGGAAACUAAUAAGGAUCCUGAAAUUGCUGAAAUAAAACGACUGGAGGCAGCAAUAAGAAAUGCUGAUGAUGAAUCCAAGGUUUCACAAAUCAAUCAAAUAGGAUCUGCGGUGCAAAACACGAAACAGUCCGAUACCGAAGAGCAGGUUGAAGUUGAGACCGAAAAUCGGGGGCAUGUGGCUCGUAAAAAGAGUCUGACUGGACAGAAAGAUAAGCAGGAAAAUUCGAAAAAGCAUGAUGAUAUCUUAAUCCAUGAUGAUAAAAAUACGAUGCGUGCAAAAGAACUUGACAAACAAGAAGAAAACGAUAGUUUGGAACAAACUGCUGAUGUCAUCGAGAAAUAUCUGCAACAAGUAAAAGACAUGGACAAUUAUAAGUCAAGGAACAAAGCAGCUUCAAAUGGUGAUGAUAAAAGCACUAUUCAUGAAAUUCAUUCUGAACCCAUACAUGCUUGGGAAACUGCAGGCUUACCCCAUUCAAAGAAAUAUUUAGAGCUUAUCACCACACCCUUAAAAGCGCACGUAAAAACUGAAAAUGAGCUAGCAAUAAGUAAAGAAACUCCUAACGGACAAAAUCAUUCAGAGUUGUCUUCUCAAUAUAAAUUGGAAGAGGAAGCUCCGCAUCAAGUGACAUCGACAGCAACAAUGCAAGAGGGAGCAAGUAUCCUACCCGUGUUACAACACACUGUGACUCAUAAAGUAACAGAGCAAACUAUACAUCCUUUGAAUCCUGUUAGCCUACAAGUACAGGGAGCAAUUCAUGUUGGAGAGGUAGACCAACAUAAACUACUGGAGCAGGAGGAAGAAAAGCAGAUCUCCGAACAAUCUGAAGAGGAGCUAAACAAGAAUGAAAGAGGGAAAGAAGAGGAGGAAAAAACUGUAGAUAAAGAAGAAGGAGAGAAAAUGAAGCAAAAGCAACAGAAAGCUGAUGAAAAGAAGGAAGAAGAUAAAAUAAAAGUAGAUGAGAAGGACGACGAAAAAGACAGAAACGAAAAAAAACUGGAAAAACAAAAAGAUGAGAAAAAACAGGAGAAAGACAAGGAAAAGGAAAUGGAAAAAGAAAGACAAAAAGAAGAAAAAGAAAAGGAAUUGGAAGAAGAGCGAAAAGAAAACGAUCGAAUAAAGGAAAAAAAAGAAGAAAAAGAAGAAGAACAGGCAAUAGAAGAAGAGGAGAAAAAAGAACAACAACUCAAACUCAAAGAACGACUUCGACUGGAAAUAGAAGAAAAGGAGAGGGAGAAUAAAAAACUGAAAGAAAAACUGCAAACUGAGGAGAAAGAAAGAGAGAUGCAGCAAUAUAUGCUGAAAUUAAAAUUGUUUAAAGAAGAAGAAGAGGAAAAGCAACAAGAAGAACAAAAACAACAACUUGAGCAGCAGCAGAAACAGCAGCUGCUGCUUCAACAACAACAAAAACAACAACAAAAACAACAAGAACAACAAAGAGAGAAGGUUGAUGAACAACAAAAACAACUACAACAGCUAUUGCAACAGAAACAAGAAGAAGAACGAAAAGAAGAAGAACAAAGGAAAGAAGAACAACGAAAAGAAGAAAAAGAAAAGGAAGAAGAGAAACAACUUGAAAAACUCAAACUUCAAGCUACACUUCAGGCUAAGCUUCAAAAUGAAAAACAGGAAGAAGAAAUAAGUGAAAAGCUACCACCAACCCAACGGUUACCUUUAAACCAUAUAAAACAGCAAGAAACGCAAGGAGCUAAAGUACUGACCGUAAAUCCUUCAACUGAAGAACAAGUGCCCUCAAAUCUUGAAUUGAACGAGUUAAAUAUUGACGAAAACCCACCACUUAGAAUAUCAUGCGCUGACAAGAUGAAAAAUGCCAAAAUUCAUCAUGACUUUUUUGAUUGCAGUGAUAAUAACGCUCAAAAAGUUUCUUCAGCACCGGUUCUUGCACCGAUGUUUGGUGAUAUAUCAUUGUUUCAACUUUCUGCACUGAACGCCCACAACACAUAUCGUCGAACACACCAAGUACCGACGUUACGACUCAACCAGGAAAUGUCUUUGGAUGCGACGGAAUAUGCGAAAAAGAUAGCUAAGUUAGGGUCACUGAAACAUUCAAAGACAGAUGACGGUGAAAAUAUCGCGACAGUAUGUCGGAAUAAAAACAUGCUGAUGACGGGACAAGAGGCGACAAACGUGUGGUACAGAGAGGUGUGCGAUCCAGGCUAUGAUUUUGUCGCUGCCCAGGCCGGCAAGGCGGGCCACUUCACCCAGGUUGUGUGGAAAGAUUCGAAAGAAUUUGGGAUUGGACGUGCUGCUGAAAUGCAUAAUGGUUUACUGUGUACCUACAUAGUGGCACGCUACAGACCUGCUGGUAAUUUUAUAAACGAGUUUGCUGAGAACGUACCUCGUGGAAAUUUUCACUCGCAACAAUGUAUAAACCUGGCCCGAAAAGACGAAAUACUUCAUCAUCCCGGUUUUAAUUAUAAAAGAUCAGAUGUUCCAAAAGUAAGAAAACCUAGAUCGACUCACAAUGGCUCGGUUUCCAACAGGAACCAGGGGUUCCUAACGAACAUUUCAGCUACCAGUAGAAUUACUAAGAAAAAGUUGCGACGCGUUACCCUACUAAAAAAGAAAAUCCACAAUGGCGCAAAGUUUACCCACAUUAACAAAGACUCCAGGAGCAAAAACCGCCCAACGAAAAGAAGCAGAAAUAUUAAGGAGAAACGUAAAUUACAACGCACAAGAAAAAGAAAGAGAUUCAGGAAGAAAACACAUGCCCACAAAAAAGAUGAAAUGCCACAUCAAGUAAUUAUUCCCUUCUUAGGUUUUAAAAAUCAGAUAGAAGGAAGAAGAAAACAACUGGAAUCUACAAAUGAUAUGCGUUACGCUCACAAGAAGGGUACUUUCUCCGCUUUGAAUAAUUCUUUAGGGAACGAUGAAGGUGAGAACACUGCUGAGACCAAAGAUAACCCGGAAGAUAUUAUUGGAAAGGAAUUCAAGCAAACACCAAUGGUCGCCAUAAAGCAUAUAGACGAGUCGAAAGGGCCGGUCGCCGAGCUUAACCAUUUGUUUAAACUAAAAUUUAGCGAAAACAGUGGAGUUAUUGUGCCGCCUCUUUACGCUAAGAGGCGCAAAGUUGGAUGUGAUAUAAAUUCUAAUCAACCUAAAUGCAAGCCAUCUAUUGUGCCUUUAAGCUUAGAUGCGCUGGGCGUGCCUAAUGCUCACCUCAAAUCUGAUCCGUAUCGUCAAACUACGCAUGCUUCGAUUCAACGUCACGACGAAGUAUCGGCGUCCUCGCUGCUGCAUUCAAAUUUAGCCUCCAGCACUUCUUCUACGCUACAUCUAAACAAGGCUUCCGUUGAAAUAGCACAACGUCUAGGGAAUGAUCUUUUAAAAAGAGGAAAGUUUGAAGAUAAUAAGAAGUCGCAAGCAUUGUCGUCGUUAGCUGCAGGAGCUAAAUUGCCGUCGGAUUUGCUGCUUGGUGAUAGCGGCGUCGGGACAAUGCAAGACAUACUAAAAAUGGCCAAAAUCGGUUCAAUUGCGCUACAAUUGGCGAAAAAGCAGCAAUUACAGAGAGAAUUGUCCGGAAGUUCUUUGAGGAGAUACGAUCUAUUGCAUCAUCUUCAACGGACGGAAACAUCCUCAACAAAGCCAACUAUGUCAUUAUUGAACGAUCAAGGAGGCGUUUCGUCAAAAGAUAACAUUCAAAGUGAAUGUGCCGGCACACGAGAUUGUGUCAUUAACAACGCUGUUGCUAAGGCUGUUGAAAAUACCUUUAAGAACUUAGCGAAACAAACUAUUUCGAAGACUGAUGAAAAUGCUACUUUGUCUACUGCUGGCGCAGCACUGGCUCAGCAAAAUCACUCUGUAAAUAGCUCAGAUGCAACAACAGCAAAGUACAGCGAGCCACUAAAUAAAAAAGAUUCACAAGACGAAGAAUUUUUGGAGGCUACGUUAAAUGCCCAUAAUGCAUUCCGAAACGUUCAUAAUGUGGAUCCCUUAAUACUCGAUCAAAACCUUAACCAAGAAGCAAGCUUGCGGGCUCAGACACUUGCAGGAAUAGGAGAAUUAAGACAAUCAAGGGUGGAGAACAAAGAAGGCGAGAACCUGGCGAUGAGCUGCAAAGAUGGUACCAAAGAAGAGAAAAUGACAGGACCAGAUGCAACCCUGUUAUGGUACAAUCAAGUAUGUAAUCCUGAGUUUGUAUUUGACGUUGACCGGCCUCAAAAAUUCUCAGACCAAUUUACUCAAGUUGUCUGGAAAAAGACACAAAAGUUGGGAAUCGGUAGAUCAACGUUCCUAAAAAGCGGUAACUUUUGUACAAUUAUUGUGGCCCGUUACUAUCCAAGUGCUAGUAAGUCUGACGUUAGAAGCAACGUACUUCAAGGUUCGUACGACUCGAUGUCGUAUUGUAAUGGACUGGGUGCUGUUGUAGAUGUCGGCGACAGCAAACAAAAGAAAAGCAAGAAUCUAGGAAGUGUGUCGGCCAACACCGAAGACUUUCGACAAGAAGCUUUGAAUCUUCAAAAUGAGUUUCGGGCGGUCCAUGAUUCUCCCUCCAUGGAAUUGGACGAAUCGUUAUGUCUUGAAGCUGAAAUGUACGCCACGAAAUUAGCAGAAAGUGAAGGUACACAACAUAGCGACACAAGCGACGGAGAAAGUAUCAUAAAAAGUUGCACUACUAACAUGGAGGAAAUGAAUGGAGACGAGGCUGUAAGAAAAUGGUACAAUGAAGUUUGUCACCCUGGGUACAGUUUCCUAAGCGACAAACCAGCCAAUGGCACGUCAUCAUUUACUCAAAUGGUAUGGAAAACGACAAAAUCGUUCGGUAUCGGUAAAGCGACGUCACAAGAAGACGGCAUGUUGUGUACUUAUAUCGUUGGACGAUACCAUGAAAAAGGAAAUUCUCCUGGGUCGUACAAGGAUAAUGUUUUGAAGGGACGUUUUGAUUUUAGGUAUUGCGAAGGGUUAGGGCAGUACCGUCGAAAAUCAAAGAAUAAUUAUUUAAGGGAGAAGAAAGUAGAAAGUGUCGGUUCAAAGAGAUAUUUAUCAAAUAUGACUGGAUUCGAAAACAACGAAACCAAAAGAUAUUCAUUGAACAGUAGCAAAGUGGAUAUUUCUACGCCAGCAAGUUUGUUAACCAAUAACAGUGUCAGCAUUGUAGCACCUGAAAAGCAAGUUGGAUACAAAAACAAAAAAAUUUAUCUUCAAAAUACACAACCAGCUAAUUCUACAGUGAAAAAUGUUGUUGGUAAGAAAAACUCGAUUAAUCAGACCAAUAAUAGUGCUGGGAUUAAUAAAAAGAAAAUCAAAAAAGGAAAGGUGAAAAAACAUGUACUUGUUCGCAGAGAACACGAUAACUUAAAUUACAAUUUAAUGAAAUACAACAAAAUAAUAACAAAAAUAAUGAAACGUAGAAAGCUAAAAUUCUAGAAGCUCUAAGCCUAAUCUUCACAUUGCACAAGUCUGAGCAUCGUGCGAAAUAACUUAGUCCGAGCUAUCAGCGUCAUGACCGAUCAUUGUGCGUAGUGAUAAAAAGCGCAUAACAAUUUCAUGGAUGGCUGUUUGCCCAUACUAUACUCAUUUGAUUAGACAUCAUAUUAAUUUCAGUUAAAUACAUUAACUUAUCGCUGCUCAAAAUAUUGAUGUUAUUGGGCGACAAAAGUUUACUAAUUAUGUACGUAUGUAUAUACUUGCACCUUGCACAAAAUAGAAAUAUAUAUUUUUAUUAAUUUAAAAGUGUAGCUAUUUGUAAAUGUAAAACACGAUUUUGAAUGUUACGGAAAUCAGCUCGAUUUGGCGGGCAUUUUUUUAUGGAAAUCAACAUUCAAUGAUUAUGUGAAAAAUUUGUCCUGGGAAAACAAUAACGAACAAGAAGCAUUUUUUUGCGAAAGCUAUGAUUUGUAAAUUCACUAAAUGCUUCCCUGCAUCGCAUUCCUAUUGAGGCGAACUUUGGAGGGCUGGCCAAGCCACAAAAUAUUACACACAAACUCUCCAGACGUACCCAGAACGAAUUGGUUUAUAACCCAUGGAAAACAAAAGCAAACAUUAUGCGUAACAACGCUAUAUUCUGUAACUUUCAACCCACCUUAACCCAACACCCCGUAACCUUAACGAAAUAACUAGCUCUCGCUUUGUUAUGCAACGAGACCUCCACCUUUAGUCUUUGCACGGUUCUAAACUGU